AUGGGUCCGGACAGAGCGCUGCAGUACCUUGAAGACCUGCAGACAUCGCAGCCUGCUCUGGCAACCCGCAUCAACGAGUUUGCAGACCUGUAUCAGAGGAAGCUAUGGCAUCAGCUCACGGUCUCCAUAGAGGAGAGCCUUAGCGUACCCGAGUUCCGCAACCCGGACGUGCUCAUACACUUCUACAGCGAGUUCAUAGCCGUCUUUGCUCACAAGCUUAACCCCCUGCGCCUGGCGCACAUCGCGGUCACAGUGGCUGAACAGCACAGCAACCCCCAGGAUGCAGUGACGUUCCUGAACGGAGUCAUCACGGACCUGAUAGAGGCGAAGCACGCGCGGCCGGAGCAGCCGCUGCUGUUCCUGCGCAUGCAUGUGGCCCAGUUCCAGCUGGCGCUGGGGCAGCUCAAGGAGUGCAAGGAGGCCGUGGAGGAGGGCAAGCAGAGCCUGGACAGCCUCGAUGACGUGGACCCGUCGGUGAGUGCGAUAGUGCACUACGUGCGCAGCCACUGGUACAAGCACCAGAAGGACUUUGCCGAGUUCUACAAGAGCAGCCUCCUCUACCUCGCCUUCAUCUCCUCCGACUCCCUCCCUGCCGACCAGAAACUGUCUCUGGCGGUGGACAUAUCGCUGGCGGCGCUGCUGGGAGACAAUGUGUACAACUUUGGCGAGCUGCUCCUCCACCCCAUUAUGAAGGCGCUGACGGGGAGUCCCUUUGAGUGGCUGCGCGGCAUGCUGGAGGCGUUCAACCAUGGCGACCUGCACGCCUACGACGCCCUCUGCUCCAAGCACGCAUCCGCGCUCAACUCGCAGCCGGCCCUCGUCGCCCACGAGCGCAAACUGCGCGAAAAGAUCACCAUCCUCUGCCUCAUGGAGCUCAUCUUCAACCUGCCGGCGGAGCAGCGGCGGAUUCCGCUGUCGGCGAUAGCCGAGCGCACGAAGCUGAGCGUAGACGGCGUCGAAUUCCUGCUCAUGAAGACGCUGUCGCUGCACCUCAUCGAAGGCGUCAUUGACCAGGUCGACUCUACCGUCCAGGUGUCGUGGGUGCAGCCGCGUGUGCUGACGCUGGAGCAGGCGGCGGGGAUGAAGGCGCGGCUGGACGACUGGAUCUCCAAGGUCGCCUCAACCUCCAUGAUCCUGCGCGACGACCACAUCGCAGCAAUCGCCUGAUGCAGCUGACGUGCCUGUGCUUGGAGGGCAAGGGUUGCGCUUGUGUGUGUGCAUUUCACUGUGCAAGGACCGCAAUUGUGUUCGUGCAAAGCUGUGCAAGGGCUGCAGUUGUGUGGGUGCAUUGCACUGUGUAAGGACCUCAGUCGUGUCUGUACAAGCAGUGCAAGGACUGCAGUUGUGCCAGUGUAAGGUGCAGUGUGGGCCCACGCGGCGGCCUAGGCUAGUGCUCGCGGAUAGCUUGAAUGUUGAUCAUGAUCAUGGACACAAAUGCGUUACUGUGACACUGCAGCAGCUGUGGGAGAGAGUUGUUGUGUUUGUGACCUGCAUACCGUGGAUGUGCUUGGUGCUGUAACCAUGUGAGGCUUC